UUUCCAUCUCCUAAUGUGCUCGUUGGCCGUCUACGACUUCUUCCAUCUCGUUUUGGACAUCCUUUGCUUUGCUCUGCCGCAAUUCAGCGAGAACUAUCGCAAUGGGAUUCUCCUUCAUGCCAUCCCAUUUCUGAUCCCUAUCACUCAGAUCAUGCUCACAGCCUCGUGCUACACAACCGUCGCCAUCACCAUAGAGCGAUUCCUCUCCAUUCGAAUGCCGUUUUUCAUUCAGAAACACAACAUCAAGGCCAAGGUCUUCGUGAUCCCAGUCCUGAUUCUGGCCAUAGGGUACAACAUCCCUCGGUUUUUCGAGUUCACCGUUCUGUCCUUGUGCGAUUGGUCCAGUCUGUCGAAUUCUUCGUCGGUCAAUACUACUUUGUCCAACCAAUCCUAUCCUGAGCGUUGCGACCAAUUGGAAGAGGUCCAGUUCUACUCGUUGUCCAUUACUGAAAUACGAAAGAACCCGCUCUAUAUCAUGGUAGGUUCCAAUUGUGCGCCUCAAAACUCUCUCUCGUGAAUCCAAUAAGACCUUCGUUUUCCUCAAAGUCACGUGGAAAAGUCAUCGAGUCUUAAAAGCAUGCUAGAACGUUCAAAUUGGGGACAAAAACGAUUGGUUACAAUUUAUUUGCGAGCCACAAGUUUACGUCAUUUUUAGGGCCACAAGUUUGCGUAGAUAUUUUUUUUA